AUACGUUUGUUUAGUAACGACCAGCGUGGUGAAGCAUCUCUCUCUUUGUCAAGGGUUUAUCGUUAGGCCUUGCUUGUCCCCCCCGUCACACCCAGCAGAUGACUUUGAUAAUUGUGACAGUUGGAAUAGAUGACACGUGUCAAGAUUAGAAGAGAAAGGCUAAAAGGAUUCACCCCAGGAUACAGGGCGUCACAAAAACGUUGUAAAAACAUUGAGAUUUCCAACUUGUAUUGGGCAGGCUUGUUUAUCUGGUCUUCACAUCAUUUUCUUGGUAGGCAAUGUCCGUAAAUACUCAUGCCUUAUUUAGCUGAAACAACUUGUAUUGGGCAGGCUUCUUUUACCCACUCACAUAUAUACCAUGCUGGUAAAGUCUCCCAUGCCCACCUUGACCCCAAAACAACUGAACCAGAUCCAUGCUCAACUCCUCAAAAACCCUCAACCCUUCCUCUUAAAUCCUUUGUUAGGGCUUCUCACCAACUCAGCCACCCCACAAAAUGCUCUUGUUCUCUACAACCAAAUGCUCCACCGCCCAUCCUCCCACAACCAUUACACCUUCACCUAUGCCCUCAAGGCAUGUUCCUUGUUGCAUGCCCGCCAAAAGGGCCUUGAAAUCCAUGCACGCGUUCUCAAGUCUGGUCACUAUUCUGAUAUAUUUAUAUCUAACUCCUUGCUUCAUUUCUACCUUGUCGGGAAUGACAUCGUGUCUACUUGCCAGGUUUUCGAUUCGAUAUCUUCUCCUGAUGUUGUUUCCUGGACUUCAAUCAUUUCGGGGCUUUCUAAGUGCGGUUUUGAAGAGGAAGCCAUCUUUAAGUUUUCUUCCAUGGAUGUGAGGCCCAAUUCUACUACUCUUGUUAGUGUUAUGUCUGCCUGUGCUAGCCUGAGAGCAGUUGAGCUUGGUAAAGCCGUUCAUGGAUAUAUUUUGAGGAAUAUGGAUGAAAGCAACGUUAUUUUGAGUAAUGUGAUACUGGAUUUCUAUGUAAGAUGUGGGUCUUUGGCGAGUGCAAAGUACCUUUUUGUGAACAUGCCUAAUAGAGAUGUGUUUUCGUGGACCACAAUGGUGAGUGGCUAUGCACAGGGAGGAUCCAGUGAAGAGGCAGUGAGGGUUUUUCAGGAAAUGGUGGAAGUGGGGGAAGCUCUGCCUAAUGAGGCCACGAUUGUCAGUGUAUUGUCAGCAUGUUCUUCAAUUGGUGCAUUGAGUUUGGGUCAAUGGGUACACUCCUACAUUGAUUCGCGAAGUGACAUAUCGGUGGAGGGUAAUGUGGGAAAUGCUUUGAUUAACAUGUAUGUUAAAUGUGGGCAUGUGAGUCUGGCAAUUCAGGUUUUUAACAAGCUUAUUUGCAAGGAUAUCAUAUCAUGGAGUACCAUUAUUAGUGGCUUGGCUAUGAAUGGCCAGGGCGUGCACGCCUUGCAGCUCUUCUCGCUCAUGCUAGUUCUUGGAGUUCCUCCAGAUGAUGUGACCUUCAUUGGCUUGUUAUCUGCCUGCAGCCAUGCAGGGCUUGUAGAUAAAGGGCUGAUGUUCUUUGAAGUCAUGAAAAAUGUUUACAGGAUCACGCCCCAAAUGCAGCAUUAUGCUUGCAUGGUAGACAUUUAUGGGCGUGCAGGGCUAUUGGAAGAAGCAGAGGAGUUCAUCAGGCAGAUGCCUGUGGAAGCUGAGGGACCAAUUUGGGGAGCUUUGCUUAAUGGCUGUAGAGUUCAUCGGAAUGAGAAGAUGUUUGAACGGAUCAGGCAAUGCCUUCUUGAUACAAGAGGUGUCAGUAUUGGGACUUUUGCCUUAUUGUCAAACACAUAUGCUAUUUCUGAUAGAUGGGAAGAUUCUAGUAAGGUACGUGAUGCAAUGAGAUGCAUGGGGUUGAAGAAGAUGGCAGGAUCUAGCUGGAUAGAGGUCGAGCCCUCCACCAAUGACCAAGAUAACCCGGAUGCAUGCUAUACAUUUGCAGGAAAAUAAUCUGCCAUUAUGCCAUGAAUUGUCAUGGCAUGCACACAUUGAGCUCGUCAAUUGUGCCACAUUGCUAGACUCCUCCGGAUAAUAUAACGAUAUAACCUUCGUUGGCUUGAUAUCUGCAUGCAGAUAUUCAAGGUUGUAUAAUCAAGACUUGACAUUCAGAAGCAACCAAUAAUGUUUAUUUAC